AUGGAGAAAAUCCUGUUCAAAACGAAGGACAUUGGCACGUUCUUCGGGAUGCAGAGCUUAGUCAAGACAAUACUCUCGGAUGAAUCCAAGUAUCAAAAAGGUGUCGACUACGUCAUUGUCUCCGAAAGUUUAAACGACCAGCGGUCUACCGUCGAUCGAGACUUCGUGUGCCUGACAUAUCAAGGGUUAAUUUGUGUUAUCUUCGUAUCUUCAAGUGGGAACGAGAACCGCUCGAAGAUGGUUAGCUGGAGUUUGCGAAUUUUGUAUGCGCAUCAACUUGGUUCAGAUGAAGAGCGGUGCGAUGUAGCAAGUGAUCUUUUGAAGGUUAUCCUCAAUCUAAAGCUCUGCGGGCUGUACUUCGUCGACUUUGACCGGGUGUCUGACUUGUAUGAGACGAUGGGCCUCAACAAAACUGAGUAUCCUCCAGAAAGCUACGGACCGUAUCGCAUUGGAAAGUUGGGCCUUUCCGAAGACUUUCCCCAACGAUACAAGAAUUUGAAGUCUCACUAUGGACGAUACACGCCCAACGUGAACUUGAAGUGGAUUCUACUGCUGAAACACAUUUACAACCUCAUCGCGGAUGAGUUUCCCUGCUUCGACUUCGACAAGAAGUUGAAAGAACUCGAACUGAUUGCCGAAGCCAAGUUUGCAAAGAAAGAGAUCGAAAACACUCGCGGGAAUAGUGAUCUCAGAGUUGCGUGGUUGACAGAUUUACUUAAUCUUAAGGACCCGCAUGCCAAGGAAGUAGCUCAGCUGAAGGAAACACAUGCCAAGGACGUCAUCAGAAUCCAUGAGCUGGAACUGCAGCUGCUACGCAAGGAUAUGGAGAUUCAGGCGCUUCGCCACCGCGAUCAGAUGCCUCGCCACGAGAACAGCGACACGAGUGUUGGAUUCAAAUUGCCGAGCCAGGCUCCAGGAGCAUUCCACAUUUUGCCUCAAGAGCGAGAGCCGACCAUCGGCAUGGACGAACUGCUCAAAGAGCCAGCGUUUCAUAAUGAGACCAAAAGGAUUCUCACUCAAGUAUUUGAUCCUGGUAACGAAGAGAUCGCUCAGCUCAAAAACGCUCAUGCCAAGGACGUCAACAGGAUUCACGAAUUGGAACUGCAGCUGCUACGCAAGGACAUUGAGAUCCAGGCGCUUCACCACCGCGACCAGAUGCAGCGCCACGAGGACAGCGCGUAA